CAGAAACGCGGAGAAGACAGUUCGCGGCUUUUUCAGGACGGACAGUUGGAAUAUCUAUGGGUCUUCGCUAUACAACAUGACGGAUAGCCCAGGCACGAAGCGGAAAGCGUCGGAAGAGGCUCUUUCCCCAGAUUCCCAACAACAAAACAAGAAGGCGCGCACGGAUUCUCUGGAAAGGGAACUGAAGACUGAAGAUGAUCCCCUUGCGAAGCCACCGAUGAGAAUCGUUCCAUUUCCGGAGAAGCCUGCAGUCAUCGAAGAACGUCGGGGAGAGAUUGAAUUUCGGGUCGUUAAUAAUGACGGGUCACGCGACAGCUUCAUUGUCCUCACCGGUCUGAAGUGUAUUUUCCAAAAACAGCUCCCCAAAAUGCCUAAAGACUAUAUCGCGCGACUAGUCUACGAUAGAUCGCAUCUUUCUAUGGCGAUCGUGAAACAUCCAUUGGAGGUCGUGGGAGGAAUCACCUACCGACCUUUUAAUAGUCGCCGGUUUGCAGAAAUUGUGUUCUGUGCCAUUUCAUCUGACCAGCAGGUGAAGGGAUAUGGCGCGCAUCUGAUGUCUCAUCUUAAGGAUUACGUCAAAGCCACAUCAGAUAUUAUGCACUUCCUCACCUAUGCGGAUAACUAUGCGAUUGGUUAUUUCAAGAAACAGGGCUUCACAAAGGAGAUUCAGCUGGAUAAAUCUAUAUGGAUGGGAUAUAUCAAGGAUUAUGAAGGAGGAACGAUCAUGCAGUGUACCAUGCUUCCCAAGAUUCGAUACCUUGAAGUCGGGCGCAUGCUCUUGAAACAAAAGGAGGCGGUACACGCGAAGAUUCGCGCUUUCAGUCGGUCACAUAUCAUCCAUGCUCCACCGAAGGAGUGGAAGAAUGGGCCAUGUAAAAUCGAUCCGUUGAGCAUUCCCGCGAUUAAGGAUUCAGGAUGGUCUCCUGAUAUGGAUGAGCUAGCACGACAACCGCGUCAUGGGCCGAAUUACAAUCAACUACUACACCUUCUCAACGAUAUGCAAAAUCACAGCGCAGCAUGGCCGUUCACUCAACCAGUCAAUCGUGAUGAGGUGCCUGAUUACUAUGAAGUCAUUAAGGAGCCUAUGGAUUUGUCAAGCAUGGAGGAGAAACACGAGAAAGACAUGUAUCCAACGCCACAAGACUUCAUUAAAGACGCAAUGUUGAUCUUCGACAACUGUCGACGGUACAACAACGAGACUACACCGUACGCCAAGAGUGCGAACAAGCUGGAGAAAUUUAUGUGGCAGCAGAUUCGAAACAUCCCCGAGUGGUCGCACCUGGCAGACGGCCACUGAAGAAUCGAUUUUGGGUUUGUCGCGUGAAAUCUUUGGGAGUUAAGGAGAGCGAAUCAUAGUUAUUUCAGGACUAUUUGUUAUUGUAUCAUGAACCAAUACCCCGUUGCAGCAUGGUGGAGCAUUUAUCGGUUUUGCUUUUGCCCUUUUCAUUUCUUUUUCUUGCUUCUCGAACUAUAUGGGGGAAAUGGACUUUAUUGGAGAGGGGGGUGCGGACCUGUCCAAUGAAUUUGUAGCAUUAUUCUUUUAUUAUUAUUAUUUUUUUUUUUCCUGUACGGAGUAUCUAUUUUGACUCACCACUUGGAAAUGCAGGAUGUAUCCCGAGCGUUCAUGCAUUUCGAUGGUUUUCCUGCAUCCAUCCUGCCUCCUUGACUCUCAUCUGCAUCAUCCACAAUAGGUAACUAGUCACCAACACCUAGACCAAU